GACGUGAAGAGACCACAGAAAACCGAAAUAUCAUCGGUGUCUGCAAUCCACUAGACUCGGGAUUUUUGUUUUGACACCAUUCGUCUCUCGCAUCCCCCCUUUUUCAACAGUGCCUUCUGCUUCGCCACCAAGAUGCCCCGAGGAUUUUUAGUGAAAAGGAACAAGAAAGCGACACCUGUUUCCUACAGAGUUCGCUCUGAUGAGGAGGAACAGGGACAGUUCCCGGUCCUGCCGACACAGGCGAGUGCUCUGACAUCCGGCACGAUCGCAGCCAGCCCUCCUCGUGCUGCAACAUCAUCACCACCAAAUAGUGAGUCCGGCCGGGACCCAUCCAGGCAGGAUGCUAAACCGGUUCAGUUCGGAAAUCCGGAGGCAGUGUACCAGGCGUUAUACAGCCCCACCCGGCCCGUCAGCAAGGAGCAUGAGCGGGCAUAUUUUGAGCGACGCUUCAACCUCGGUUCACCGGUCUCCGCGGAGUCAUUCCCGACACCUGCGGCUCUCAACAGUUUAGAUCACCUCCUGUUCGCACCAGUGGACCUAAAAAUCGGAACCAGCAACAGCAACCGGAGUGGCACCACUAACAGUGUCCCGACAACAACUGCUACAAGCAACACAACAAAAAGACCUUCAUCCGACACCAACACCGAGCGUAAGAGCAGGCCAGCGCCUAAAAAACCCAAAGCAAUCAGGAAACUGCAAUUUGAGGAUGAGGUCACAACUUCGCCAGUGCUUGGAUUGAAAAUAAAGGAGGCACUGGUCGACCAGAAGCCCACACAGCCACAUUCAGCGGGCGACAAGCCUCUCGGGGAGUUUGUCUGUCAGUUAUGCAGAGAGGCGUACGUCGACCCGUUCGCUCUGGCCCAGCACAAGUGCUCCCGCAUCGUCAGGGUCGAGUACAGGUGUCCGGAGUGUGACAAGGUCUUCAGCUGCCCCGCUAACCUGGCGUCCCACAGACGCUGGCACAAGCCAAAACCGCAAAACGCGACGAUGGUAUCUGGAAACCAAAACCCCAAAUCGGAGGUCACCAAAAUGCCCGCCGGGGACAAGGGCGCGUCGACCGAGAUUGCCAAGGAUACCAUGCGCGCGGAGCUUGCGAGUGACAGAGACACACCCAGCCCCGGGCUGUCAGAGUCGGGAUCUGAAGACGGGCUAUACGACUGUCACCACUGCGGGAAAAAGUUCAAACGUCAAGCUUAUUUGAGGAAGCACAUUGUGUCUCAUCACGCCUCCCAAAGCCAAGAUGUUGGCCUGACAGCCCAGAGCGAGAGCAAAGCGAAGACGCCGCUCGCCUCAGAUCAGGCACAAAACCAAGUGCCGCUGAAUCUCAGCUCCUCCGAGUGUCACUUGUGCCCGGUUUGUGGCGAGAACUUUCCCAGCAGAGUGAGCCAAGAGAGGCACGUUCGCCUCCAGCACUCCUCACAGGUGUACCCCUGCAAAUACUGCCCCGCGAUGUUCUACAGCUCCCCGGGACUAACGCGACACAUCAACAAAUGUCACCCGUCGGAAAACCGCCAAGUCAUCCUCUUACAGAUGCCGGUGCGGCCAGCCUGCUAAAUCACUACUCAAAACAGUGCCUUCUCAUGGAACCGACGUCACGAACCAAGGAGUUUCACAACGCAAGGUGACUCUUGAAACAGCAACAGGAUGUUAAAAUCCUCCAAUGAACUUGAAUGCUAUAUUUUCUGACGUAACUUAGUUUAUCUGGAGAGUAAAACUAGACUGUUAAAUUAUUUUUCUAGGAUCUCUGCACAUUUGCGAUUACGCAUUAGCUUCUAGACCUAAGAGGGGGAUAUCCUAGCUGUGAUGUCGUGAGAAAAAAAAUGCCUUUUUAAUUCACAGGCCGUAAAUGUACUUAUCACUUUACUAGCUUUAACAUAGCUUGUGAAUCUGUGGACAUUGGAAUUUAGCUUUCCCAGACAAAAAAAGACAAAAAAAACAUUUUACAUUCCGGAAAAAUUCCCUGGGCCUUUUAGUGUAGCCACAAAUGCCUUGAAAUAGAGUUCUCUACAUUAUCUUCUGCUGUACAAUUGCCUUAAUCAUGUAUCCUAUCAAGUGAUUGUUUGGACGUCUUAUUUAUCAUCAAUGCGUUUGUCACAAAUCGUAGCCUACACUUAUUAUUUUUAUAUAAUUGCAAUAAAUUUACCUUCACAUUUAUUUUAUUUAUUUAUGUAUUUAUUUAUUGAAAAUAUUUAUUGUUUCGUGAGAGUAAUUUGUGAGUCGUGUUGACUUUGUUUUCAUUGACAUAGCCAAAUGUUGUCUCUGUCAGACUUGUCGUCUAAGUUUGCUUAGAUGCUUUCGAUUAAGUUGAAGUGUACUAGCUUGCAAUCCAAGACAUGACCUUGUAACGGCCAUUGCCUUUAGGUACAAUCAUUGUUUACCGGCAGCUUAUUUUGUAAUCAUUAGCUCUUAACAUGCUUCUAUGUUUCUGCAGUAUUUGCUAUGUGUCCAAAUAAUAAACAAAAAUAAACAACACUGUGGUUUGAUAA